GACACGUGUUAAAAUAGACCUUUUGCUAAGGUAGAGUUCUAACUUCUAACUGUCGGUAUGUGAUUUCCGUUGUUCCCUGAUGACAGAGCGGCAGAGAUUUGUGAAGCUCCUUCGGGACUGUGGUAAGUAUGGAUUACUCGAUCAGGGACAGCAAAUCCACACGGCCAUAAUGAAGAUGGGUUUGGAUCUUGAUCUAAUUAUGAACAAUUUUCUCAUAGAUAUGUAUGGAAAAUGCUGUAGGCCUGACAUGGCUUCUGCCGUGUUUGAUAAAAUGCGUGAAAGAAAUGUUGUCUCCUGGACUGCUCUCAUGGGCGGGUUCUUGGGUCAGGGCAAUGCGGAAGCAUCAUUGUUACUCUUCUGUAGAAUGGGCUUUUCGGGUGUUAGACCGAAUGAGUUCACUCUCUCAAGUAAUCUAAAAGCGUGUGGUAUUCUGGGUGUUCCUGAGAAUGGAAUGCAGAUUCAUGUUCUCUCUGUUAAAACUGGGUUUGAAUUUGUCCCAGUUGUUGGGAACUCAGUUAUUGAUAUGUACUCGAAAUGUGGAAUGAUCGAGGAAGCAACCCAGAUGUUCAAUCUAAUGCCUGUUAGAAAUCUCAUUAGUUGGAAUGCGAUGAUUGCUGGGUACAGUCAUACAGGAUGCAAUGGUAAGUCUCUGCUUUUGUUUAAGAAAAUACAAAAACAUGGAGAAACACCAGAUGAGUUUACUUAUUCAAGUGUUCUAAAAUCGUGUAGUGGCCUUGGGGCGAUUAAAGAGGGGGCUCAAAUUCAUGCUUCCUUAAUCACAAGGGGGUUUCCUAUUGCACUUCAUAAGAUUAUGUCAAGUGUACUCAUUGACUUCUAUGUAAAAUGCAGGUGCCUAGAUGAAGCAAUAAAACUUUUUGACCGGAUUGAGCCAAAAAAUGUGGUUUUGUGGACUGCAAUGAUUAUAGGCUAUGUUCAAGAGGGAGGUCUACAAGAGGCCAUGGACUUGUUUAGACAAUUCAUGGAAACAGGAGCUGAAGUCGAUGGGUUUGUUCUUUCUAGCAUGAUGAGUGCCUUUGCUGAUUUUGCCCUUGUAGAACAAGGGAAACAAAUACAUUCAUUCACUGUCAAAGUUCCAUCUGGCUUAGAUGUCUCAGUAGCCAAUUCAGUGGUUGAUAUGUACGUCAAGUGUGGAUUGAUGGAAGAUGCAGAAAAACGUUUCAAUGAAAUUCCCGUAAAAAAUGUAGUUUCUUGGACAGUUAUGAUCACUGGCUAUGGGAAGCAUGGUUCUGGCAAAGAUGCAAUCCGUCUCUUUGAAGAAAUGCAGCUGGAGAAUAUUGAUCCUGAUGAAGUGACUUACUUGGCUGUGCUCUCUGCCUGUAGCCAUGCUGGUCUAAUUGAAGAAAGUCACAAGUACUUUUCAAGACUCUGCAAAGACCAUCAAUGUGAACCUAAAAUAGAGCAUUAUGCUUGCAUGGUUGACCUCCUUGGCCGAGCUGGACGUUUGGAAGAAGCUCGCAACCUCAUAAAGACCAUGCCAUUUGAACCAAGUGUCGGAAUAUGGCAGACAUUGCUAAGCGCCUGUAGGCUACACAAAGACUUGGACAUUGGUAGAGAAGUGGGAGAAGUCCUAUUGAAAUUAGAUUGUGAUAACCCAGUGAACCAUGUAAUGAUGUCUAACCUCUACGUCGAGGUUGGUGAAUGGAAGGAGUACGAGAGAGUGAGAAAGUUGAUGAAGGUAAAGGGGUUGAAGAAAGAAGCUGGGUGUAGUUGGAUUGAGAUCGACAAGGUAAUGCACUACUUUUAUGGCGGAGAUGACAGGCACCCACUUACUGACAGAAUUCAUAAGGUAUUGAAGGAGAUGGAGAGAAGGAUGAAAGAAGAGAUGGGUUAUGCAUAUGAUGUGAGGUUUGCAUUGCAUGAUGUGGAAGAGGAGUCAAAGGAGGAGAGCUUGAGAUUUCACAGUGAGAAGUUGGCAAUUGGUUUAGGUUUGAUGUGUAAUGGGUUGGAGAAUGAAGGUAUUAUUAGGGUCUUCAAGAACUUGAGGGUCUGUGGAGAUUGUCAUGAGUUCAUCAAGGGUUUGUCAAAGUUAUUGAAGAAGGCAUUUCUAGUGAGAGAUGCAAAUAGGUUUCAUAGAUUUGAAGAUGGGGUUUGCUCUUGUGGUGAUUAUUGGUGACAUUUCAGAAAGGAUGCUUUUGCCUCACAUGAUUGAAGCAUUCAAAUUGAAAGAUUGUUGUAUUGGGGCAGUUUAGGAUUCAUGAUGUAAAUUAUCUUUCUUAUUUGCAUAUUUAAUUAAUUUUUUGCAACUU